CGUAAAACGACUUGUCAGGUUCUCAAAUUGUUGGUGUUUCCUCGAAUAUUUGUGAUUUUGUUGUAUUUCAACGGUUAUAAGGACUUCUUUUCUCACUCAGUGCACAAACCGCCUGUUAAUUUUGAAAUAAGAAUAAUGAAGAGUCAACUUUUUGCACUAUUCUUGAUUAUCAGCGUAUGUCAUGGGCAAAGUCAUGGCGAUAUUACUACUAAGAGCGCUAUUAUAAUUAAUAAUCACACAGAUCCGAUUCCUCCAGUUACCGAAAUACCACCAGGUCCUUCAGGAAACAACGUCACAACAACCAUUUCUCCUAACUCAACUACAACUUCAACAACUCCUACAACCCCUACAACUACAACGACACCUACAACGUCAACAACUACAACAACUGUUACACCAACAACCUCAACUAAACCAACAACUCCAACAACAAAGCCAACUACAUCUACUGCUCCUACAACUUCUACCACUGCAAAAACAACAACGAAAACACCCACACCUUCACCUUCCUCCACUACAACAAAAGCAACCCCAACAACAAAAUCGCCGGUAACAACAGCGGCUCCUACUCCAGCAAAUAACCGGAAAUUUGAUGGUCCUAGUUUUGUUGGUGGAAUCGUUUUAGCGUCUGGGUUAAUGGCUAUAGGUUUUGUCGCUUUCAAAUUUUAUAAAGCACGCACUGAGCUUAACUAUCAUACUCUGUAGAAGAUAAUACUAAGAAAAAAUGUUUCUAUUAUUUUAUGUGAUAAAAUCGAAUUUUAUGUACUCUCUUAGUUUGUUUCUUUCGUGUUAUUGUUUUCGUGGAUCAAAAAUAGUGCAACUCAAGAUUUAUUGAAUUCUGUCCGAUAAAAGUGCUCUUAAUAGAGUAGUUUAAUUACUCAAUUGAAUUAAUGAGGGUGCGCUAGUCGUAAGGUCUAGUUGUAUACAUUUAUAUUUUGUCAACAUGUUAGGGGCGCGCCAUGUUAUUGUUUAAGUGAAAGUGAUAUUUUUGCAAAGGUUGUGCCCCCUAGAUCAGAGUAAUUUAUAACAGUGUAGAUAAACGCAUAGACUAGUUUUUGAAUUCUCAUACACAGUGUUUUGAUUUGGUGCACUUAAUUUUAAGCAACCAACCAACUUUCUUCAUGUUGUACAUUACGUAUAUUGUCAGGCUUUUCUCAAAUAAAGUUUGUUUACUUA